AUGCUUCCAAAGACUGCAACUCCGAUGAACUUUGUUACACACAAUGGCAAACGAAGAGGGUGUGGCAGGGUAAGAGUUGCUCCUGAGGAAAAAUCGUUUUCAACGAAUGAGACUGUUGCAGAUGACUACUAUGCAGUUUUGGGUCUGCUUCCAGAUGCCACUCCAGCACAGAUCAAGAAGGCCUACUACAACUGCAUGAAAACUUGCCACCCAGACUUGAGUGGCAAUGAUCCUGAGACAACCAAUUUCUGCACGUUCAUCAAUGAAGUCUAUGGGGUGCUCAGUGAUCCCAUUCAGCGCAUGAUUUAUGAUGAAAUUCAUGGGUAUUCUUUGACUUCCAUUAACCCUUUUCUGGAUGAGUCUAGUCCAAAGGAUCAUGUUUUUGUUGAUGAAUUCAGUUGCAUAGGCUGCAAAAAUUGUGCCAAUGUAGCCUGUGAUGUUUUUGGAAUAGAGGAAGAAUUUGGAAGAGCCAGAGUGUACAGCCAAUGCGGGGAAUCUGAAUUAGUUCAACAAGCUAUUGAUAGUUGCCCUGUUGACUGCAUUCAUUGGACAUCAGCUGCACAACUAUCAUUGCUUGAAGAUGAAAUGCGCCGAGUAGAAAGAGUCAAUGUUGCCUUAAUGCUUUCAGGAAUGGGAUCAGCAUCAACUGAUGUUUUCAGAAUGGCAAGUUCCCGAUGGGAAAAGAGGCAGGCAAAAGUCUUGGAACAAGCAAAAUUGAGAAUGACGAAGGAGAAAGGUUCUGAUAAAGCAGAUCUUUUCUGGAACAAUCUUUGGGGCAAACCAAAAGACUUAAGUUCAGAGGAGGAGAUAAAAGAAAGAGCAAAGAGAGCUGCUGCUGCUGCUAGAAGAUGGAGGGAAUACUCAAGAAGGGGUGUUGAUAAGCCUCCCACAUUUAAACUUCCAGAGACAGCUUCCAGCAAGGACUAG